CGGUGGCCAGCAGGGAGCACCAAGGCCAGCGCCCACUUCCUCCCAUGGCUUGCGUGGAGCCGCCCCCUACGGCCAGCGCCACUACGACCUCCAGCCCCUGUGCGACCCCUCCCCAAAACAGCAGCCGCAGCAGCUCUUCUCCAUGCCGACACCCCCUGUUCCUCCUCUCUCUACCGGCGCCCUCCCCAAAACAGCAAGCUCCAGCGCCCCCUACAUCUCCCAUGGAAAACAGCAAGCCCCCACGGCGUCCUGGUGUUCUCGCUGCUCAGCUUGGCCUCGCAAGCUUGUUGUCGGGACAACCUAGCCGCUGCUCCACCCCGUGUACUACCUGCUCGACGAUAUGCGCAACCGGCUGCGUGUGGUCAUGCUGGUGUUUUGCGCAGCGCUUGCGCGACGACACCGAUCUGCGCAGCGCCUACGAGUUGUCGUCGAAACCCGCGCCCUUGUCGACGUCACGCCUUGCGCAUCGCUCGUCGGCAAAGAGCCCAAAACUAAUGGCAUGCAUGCGCGGCACGAGUCGGCCAGGAUCGUGAGAUGACACUCAUGCAAGUGGUGUGGUGCCAACCCCAAGAUGCCGUUGGUGGACGACCUGAAGAAUGGACAUAACCAGUGGAUGCUCGCCAAGCGAGUACCUCCCCCGGCAAACACUAUCUAAGUGUUAAAUUAAAGGCAAGCCCCGGUUUUAUGCAUAACCGUUUAUAUAUGCUAUUUUACUACACUUAAUGUUUGUAGGCUUCUACUGUGCACUUAAGUGUAGGAGUUGCCUGAAACCCUAGUUGCAUGAACUCAGGAUUCCUUUGAGAUGGAUACUAGUAUGCUAGGUCGAGUAGCUGCUUUAAUAAUUAGGGAUCUCGGUAGAAGUCGAGUGAUUUUUCUAGCACUCGCGCGAGGUCAGGAAUUGAUUGUAUCCCCUUUGAUAACAGAAUGAUGAUGGUCUGUGGACACGGAUCCAUGGGGAUGCGUGGUCUACGAGAUGAAAAUGGAAUAAGGAUUAACGUGCGGAUACAUGUGUCAAGCGUUUGAACGUACUAAGCACAUGCCGAGAAAUAUGGUAAAUCGGUAAGCCUAGUACCUGAUUGAACCUGGCAGCAGAUUGCCCUCCUCACGCGACCUGAGACGAGGUCUCCCAUUCCGGUUAUGGUGGGUACAAGUGCGGUCACUGCACGACGGCCAGUCGGGGUCAGUGAGGCAUUGUACGCCAAGGCGGUGAGCCCCUCUCUGCUGACGGGGAAUCGAUGGGGACAGUUGAUGUGUGUGGGGAUGGAGUGCCCCUGCAUGUCGUGUGUUUAGGUUUACCUUGCAAGGAUAAAAACUCGAUUCGAAUCGUCUGCUUCUCGCAGCUAAUGAGACUGCUUGAUCCAUUGUACUGCAUUGAGUAAUAAGUGGAAAUGAGGUGACUGGCAAAAAAGAUGUUGAUUGCUUAAAAAUGUUUGAUAUCAUGUAUGAGUAGCUAGGUACUCAUCUAGUUUAAAAAGGAUCAUACUAAAACUUGAAAAGCUAAAACUUGAUUUUAGACUCAGCUAGUGCUUUUGGCAAACCAAACCCCUCAGCCAAACAACUGCAUGUCUAGAGGUAGAGGAGUAGACUCCUCACACCGGGUAAGUCUAGCUGAGUAUUAGUAUACUCAGCCUUGCUUGUGGCACAAUUUUUGCAGGUACCUCCUUGCUUUGGUUGUUGGUGUGACUUGACCUUCAUCCCUGCCACCGGGAUAGACGGUCGAGUGGGUUACUGCUUCUGCAGGAGAGGACCAGGAGGAGUAGCGUGGCCAGGCUUCGCCAUGUUACUCGGUUCUUCUCCGUUAGUUAUUUCCGCUGCAUUAAAAUUUAUGGUUAUUAUUUCUGAAACUCCGAUAAUGUAAUCACUAAUGAUACUUAUUAAAUUUGUGGUAUUAUGUUUUAUUGU